AUGAAUCCAUUCAAAGAUUCGUUCACCGCAGAGGGCGCGCGUGGUGUUCCUGUACAUCCCUCAAGUCCCCCUGCCUCAUCUUAUGAUGCUAUGCCUACAGCGGACUCUGGGUCUCGCAUAUACAACAUCUACCAUACUGUACUACAUCACCACUACGACGUCACCCUAGCCGACAAAACACCACUAUACCAUGUGGAAAACUCGCUGAUCCGACCCAAAAAGCCCGAUCUCACGGUCCACGCUGGCAACGAGACCGGCCCCGUGGUGGCCGUGUGCAAAUUCCUUCACUUCUCGCGACAUCUGAAAAUCGGACUGGGCGAUCCUCAGAACGUCAGCGACGUGCAGUGGGAGGACCUCGUGUGCCAGAACUACCAGCUCACCAAAUACCGCUGGCAAAUGACGACGAGAUCCCCCUAUGAAGAAGUGAUCAAGCGGUCGUUUGUCUGGAAGCGCACUCAUAACGUCGGGGUCGAGGAUAGUAAACCCUCGAUACUGAGUUCGCGCAAUUUCAAGCUGGUGAACGAACAGACGGGGCGCAUUGUCGCUGUGUUCACCAGUAACAACCUCAAGAGCUUCACCAAGUGUGGGAAACUUCAGAUCUCGGCGGACUACGGGCGCGAAUUCGAGUUGAUGGUCAUUCUUACCGUGCUUGCUCUGUAUGAGAAACAAAGGCGUCGCAAUAAUAGCGGCAAUGGAGGUGGUGGUGGUGGAGGCGGCGGUGGUUGA